AAAUAGACUUCGCGCCUUUUUUAUUUAGUUACUAAAGUUGGAGGGAAAAUAAAAUCUAACAACGGGAAAUAAAGAACUUAAGCUAUCUUAGAAAUUGCGCUUCAAUUAUAGAUUCCUAAGAAUAGAAAAACAUCAGAAAACCAUAAAAAUCUUAAUAUUUCAGCAGUGAAAAGUCUGAAGGUCCAGAAAUGGAUAAAGUAGAUUUACCUACGGGCACACCCUCAGAGCCGGAAAAUGCAUCGCAACCAGAGGUUAUAUCAUCAUCCAUACGCUCAAUGGCUUCUCAGAUCCAAGAGCUUCUCAGUCAGCCCCCAGACGAAUUGACCCAAUUUGAGAGAAUGUUAUGGUUCCAAGAACGCCGAAUUGAAUCUAGCCUUUGGGUACAAUGUGACUCCUGUAACAAAUGGAGGCAUAUGCCUAAUGUGUUCGAGCGACAACAAUUGCCAGAUAACUGGUAUUGUAAAUUACACCCAGAUAUAUCUGAUUGCUCAGUACCAGAAGAAGAAAUUCCCUUACAUGUAGAAGCUGAUCUUUUACAUAGUGAAUAUUCGGUGGGCUCAAUAGUAAUCGCUCGCUUUGGGGAUUGGCCUUGGUGGCCCGCUAUGGUGGAUGACGAUCCUGAUACGGAACAGUUCUAUUGGAUUGAUGGGCUCUGUGAUAUACCGAGUCACUACAACGUAACAUUUUUCGACGAUACUACUACGAGAGCUUGGAUUUCUGCAAAAUAUAUUUUACCAUUCGCUCCCAACAAGGCUAAAGUGCGGAAUUGUAAAGAAAAACUUCUCAAAAGCCGAUUAAAUCGCUCUUUACAGCAAGCCGAAGAGUGUGAAGCUUUAGAUUUCCCCAUGCGACUAAAAAAAUAUUCUUUUAUAAGUCGCUACAAUGGACCCAUUAAGGAACCGAGAAAUUUUACUCAAGAAGAAUUAGAUCAAUACAACGCAAAAUUAAACACUUAUUGAUUAAUAUUAAAUACCCUAGGGCCUAGUGCAUAUUAUAACUUUAGACUAAUACUAUUUCUAUGUUUUUUGGUAAAGGACCGACCAUAUGAGUAUCCCAUUUUAACUCAAUAUAAUUUUAUAUGCUAAACAUUUUUUAAAGUUGAUUAUAAGGUUGCAUGUUUAAUAUAUUUAAUAGUUACAAAAACUAUUCCAUGGUUUUACUUAAGUAAAUACAUUGAUUCAGUCACUA